AUGGCCGUCGACACAUGGGACAACGGCCGCCCGGAAAGCGCCGGCGUACAGCCAGCAGACGUUGCUCCCGUUGCUGAGGACUAUGGCCAUGACGUUUCAGAUCCAUCCAAGACACAUCGCACCAUUAUCGAAAACGCAAGGGCAGCAGCAGCCAAGGAACAAGGCAUGACUCUUUGGCAAGGUAUCAAGCUCUACCCCAAGGCUUUUACCAAGAAGUAUGGCGAAUAUCAGCCAAAGUCUGGAACUUACGAAGUUACUGCUCCCUGGCAAGCAGGUCUGAGUAACGGUGCAAUGGUAGGCGAAAUCAUGGGUCUCUUCAUCAAUGGCUACGUUUCGGAAAGAUUUGGUUACAGAUGUACAGUCAUGGCCUGUCUUGUCAUGAUAACGGCCUUUACAGCGAUAUUCUUCACUGCUCCAAAUGUUGAAACUCUUUUGGUCGCUGAGAUUCUAUGCGGUAUUCCAUGGGGUAUUUUCCAGACAUUGGCCGUCACCUAUGCCUCCGAGGUCUGCCCUGUUGCCCUACGUGGAUAUCUGACCACGUAUGUCAACUUUUGCUGGGGCCUUGGCCAGGAAAUCGGCAUCGGUGUUAUUCGCGCUAUGCUGAGUCGUGAUGACGAAUGGGCAUACCGCAUCCCGUAUGCUUUGCAAUGGAUGUGGCCGCUGCCCCUGUUUGUUGGCAUAUUCUUUGCUCCAGAAUCGCCAUGGUGGUUGGUACGGAGGGGCAGGACUGAAGAGGCUAAGAAAGCGCUCCUGCGCCUGACCAGCCUCGACCAAGAAACAGAUUUCGAUGCCGACGAGACGAUUGCCAUGAUGGUGCAUACGACUGCUCUAGAGGAGAAAAUCACUGCUGGAGCUUCGUAUUGGGACUGUUUCAAGGGCGUUGACCUGCGAAGAACCGAAAUUGUGUGCAUGACAUGGGCCAUUCAAAACUUGAGCGGAAAUUCAUUUUCCAACUAUUCGACUUACUUUCUGAAGCAAGCCGGCCUGUCAGACAGCGAUGCAUAUUCCUUUGCUCUUGGUCAGUACGCCAUCAACAUGGUUGGCGUGUUUGGGGCAUGGGGUUUGAUGACGCUGGGUAUCGGACGAAGGUCGCUCUACCUAUAUGGACUCUGUGGCCUUUGCACGAUGCUGUUCAUCCUCGGAUUUCUCGGCCUUGUGCCCCACGACCACCGUCGAGCAGGGUCUCUUGCCACUGGCAGCAUCAUGCUUGUUUGGGCGCUCUUCUACCAAUUGACGGUGGGAACUGUGUGCUAUUCUCUUGUAACUGAGUUGUCGUCACGUAGGCUCCAGAUCAAGACAGUGGUGCUGGGGAGAAACCUCUAG